AUGGAGCUAGUGGAAAUUCCAUAUCCGCCAUAUUGUGCUGAGUCUUUGCAACCUGUUAUUGAAGAUUCCGGGAGUAUAGAAGUAGCAUGUUCAACAACACCAGUUUUUGAACAGAGUGUCAUGCAGAAUUUUUCCGAGCGCGCUGAACAUCACGAAGGGGGCGAAUAUAUUUGCGCAUUAUGUUAUUUAUCCCAUUCGCCCCCUGUGAAUGAGAUUCCAGAUUCUCAACAGACGCAUAAUGAAAUUAUUCUAAAUACAAUGAGACAAGAUAACUCCCGUUCGCUCGUUGCAACGACCUGGUCGUCAUCAGGAACUGGAAUAAUGCGCAGGCGCUCGUCUUCUUCAUAUUAUCCACUUGAAGCUCACUCCGUGAAAGUCAAUAAAUUCUACGAUCAUCGAAUUUCGAGUUACGGCAUGGGUCAAUCUAUGGCAGGCGGCCGAGUUGGGCAUCUGCAGUCGCAUGUUUCAUACACAACGGGCCGAAACGGUGCGUUAGAACAUUUUAGGGAACGCUACAAUACUUUUAGCAAUAAUAAUCGUAAUGCCGGUUGUACGUCUUUACCGAGAAUAAAUUUGUUACCAAAAACCAUCUUCGACUUGAACUAUAACAAUUCCGACACAGCCUGCACAAGAAGUACGUUUUUACCGAGAAUACUUUUGCCACCAACAGCCACUUUCGCCGAAAAACAAACGGAAUGUUCGUCUACUCCGUCAAGCGAACGUGAACAUCAAUGUGAAAGUUACGCCGAGGACUCAUUAUCGCUGAAACGCGCUACACGCAGCCCCGUACCUAACGCAGCCACUAAGGGAAUCUUAAAAGUCAGCGCCAUUAAAUUACCGGACGAUCACUUCAAAUGUCUUCUUUGCAGCAAAUUAUUUAAUAAGUCUUAUAGCUUGAAGCAACAUAUCGACAUUGCUCAUUCCGGCAACCGCCUGCAUCGUUGCUCUGCGUGUGGCAAGCGCUUUAAAACCGAAGAAGAAAAGGAAGUGCAUUCGGCACUUCAUAUGACGGCCGACAAGAGAUACAAAUGUUCAGAAUGUACGAGAGAAUAUCAUCACAGAAGCGAUCUUAACCGACACAUUAAAGAAAAGCAUAACGAAAAGCCCUUAGGAUGUCAUUUAUGUCAAAGAAGAUACUACCGGAAAGAUCAGUUGAACAAACAUGUUCUAACACAUUUGAUUCCGAAACGAAGAGGGCGACCACCGCUUAAUAUCGAUCCAGCAGUCGAAAAGCUUCCAUCUUAA